AUGUCAUUUUUUCAUUAUCUAUUACUUUUCGGUAAUAUUUUCCUUAUAUGUAUCUCGCUGACUAAGGCCGUUCCUUUGGGUGGUGUCUGUACAAUUGCCAGUGAAUGCGAUGGAGCUAAUGCGACGAUUUGCCGAGAUGGAAAAUGUCAAUGUGAUACACCUUGGUAUGGACCAUGCGAUACAAGAUGUGAUAUAAAAAGAAACUUUGUCUACGAAGGACAAGAAUGCCGAAUCAAAGAUAAUUGUAUUAACAACAGUUUAUGUAAUUCUGCAAGACGAUGUCAAUGUGAACAAAAUUAUACAGCUAUUAAUGGACUAUGUUAUAAAAAUUUAAAUGUACGAUGUACAUUCCCGAAUGAAUGUUGGUCUAAAGAUUGUCGUGAUGGAGUAUGUAAAUGUCGUCUUGGCUUUAUACCAAGAGAAGAUAAUAGCCGUUGUCAAAGAAAACUUCCUAGAAUCUAUCGCAAUUGGGCUGAGGCUAAUACAUCAAAUGAUUUUUGUUAUGAAUCACUGGCAACUGUUUGUCUUGCUAUUAAUGCAGUUUGUCAAAAUGAUUCUCAACAUACGGAAAAGUUUUGUCAAUGUCUACCAACAUAUACUGCUAAUUAUGAAACACAAGAAUGUCAAUCCAUCCAAUACACUGGAUCAUUAUCACCCUCAAUUACACCAUUGCCAAAUGACACCUGUGGUACAUGUAAAGAUGAAAAUGCUUUAUGUGUUAAUGUUCAUAAUCAAAGGACAUGUUGGUGUCAAGCCGGUUUUACAAAUACGAAUAAUCAAUGUGAAAAAUUUCAUUUGGAUUUUACAUUUCCAAAUCAAUACGAUAUAAGUCAACGUGAAUAUACUUUACUUAAUUGUUCGGCUAAUGGAACUGAUGAUACAAUAACAACAUACAAUGGUUUAUGUGUAUGUAAACGUGGUUAUGAAUUCGUAAAUACAAGAUCAGCUUGUCAACGUAUUAUACCAAAAUGGCAAAAUGAUGUUUUUGAGUACGGUGUAUGUACACAUAUAAAUUCAACCCGUCUUCCUAUACAAGGAAAUGACUUCUGUCCUUUACUAUUAAAUUGCGAAGAACGACAAGAUAAAUACGUAUGUUCAUGUGGUCGUAAUAAAUAUUUGGAUGAAAGUAACGGAAGAUGUUAUUAUUUCUUGGAAAGAGAUUUAGCGUCUCCGAUUGGUGGAGAUUGCCCAUGGGGAUCAAGUCUUAAUGGUACACAAUGUCAGUGUUCACCGGGUGCUCAAUAUACGGUGUCCAGCGAUAAAAGAAGAUGUGAACUUAAUUUAGCUGCCAGAGACGCUGACGUUGGAUGUACUAACAAUACAACAUUUGACACUACCUGUCAGACUUUAUAUGGCACUAAUACAAAAUUUUGUAAAGCAGGAGAAUGUCAAUGUAUACCUGAUCGUUCAUUCUAUAGCAAUGGCACAUGUGUUACAUAUCUCUAUGUUGAUCCUGGUACCAAUGGUUUAUGUCCAACUAAUGCUCGAAAAAAUGUGAGUAGUCAAUGUAGAUGCGAUGCUGGAUAUCGAGCUAAUGUUGGCAAUCGUACUUGUCGACGAGUAUCUAGUCAACUGUAUGAAUCAACAGAUAAUCCACCACAAGGUGAUUAUUCUGAUGUAACGAGAGAAGACUGCAAAGCAUUGUAUCACAAUGCGUAUGUCAAGGUUCAUAACAAUCAAUGUUUAUGUGAGACUGGUACAUUUUCGAAUACUACAACUUGCCUUUUCUUUUUGUCUUUUGCUUUUACAAUUUCCACUAGCGAUGUAACUUGUCCAAUGUUUACUGACCUGAUUAGUGGUCCAGCAUGCACAUGCAGCAGCGGCUAUAAAAAUAACGGUGAUAAUCGUACUUGUAUACCAAUUACAGAUCGAGUUUACGAACAUAAUGAUAUAACUGGUGCUAAUGUUGCAGGAUUAGAAUCAGGUCAUUGUGUAAAAUUAUUUGGAUAUGCUGCAGAAGCAACACAGAACGACGGUUAUUGUAGAUGUUUGAAUUCAAGUAUUGCCUUUUUAGAGAACAAUAGAUGCUAUUUUCUUGUUGAAACAACUACAACAGCAAUUGUGGAACAAAAAGAUUGUCCAUCGAAUUCUAGAAAAGAUACACUAAUGUGCAAAUGUCCUGUAGGAUAUGAAGCAACUGCAAAUAAGCAAGGAUGUGUACGAAAAUCAAUCUAUUCUUUAAAUCUUCAAUCUAUUGACCCAAAUAUUUUUUCACAAUGUAAUGCACCAUAUACUGAGGAUGAUUGUGUGGCUUUACACAAUACGGGUGCCAUUUGUCGUAAUUCCAGCUGUUAUUGUGAUCGAUCUAAAAGUUUUGUUUCUAAUAAUCGAUGUGUACUUUUUUCACAACUCGUAUUUCCUGGUCCACAUGAACGUUAUUCAAGAACAUGUAUUACUCAAGACGAUUGUGGUAGUAAUGCAGAUCAAAAUGGAAUUGAAUGUGACUUUAUAAAUAAUAAUACUACUGAUAAUUAUAAAGUAUGCAAAUGUAAACUAGAAUAUUUCUUUAAUCCAAUUGAUUCGACAUGCGUUAAAAGUCAAUGCUAUCCACAAUGUUCAAAUACUGAAGAUUGUGUAAAUUAUCACUGUAAUUGUAAAGCUGGACAUUAUCGAAAUCCUUCAGGGCAAUGUGUGCUUCUUGAACCAUUACAACUUCAUGAAAUAUGUAAUAAAACAAUCUGGAUUGGAUCAACAUCUGUCAACGAUGAACUUUUCUGUUCUCAAGCUUGUGGACGAGUUGAAUGUAAUAAUGGUUAUCGUGAUGAUGGUUCACAAUGCGUGAAAAUUAGAUUUAAUGAUUAUUGUGCAUUUAAUCUAAAUCAAUGUACUAAAUUGAGUCCAAAUUCUGUAUGUAAUCCAGAUGACAAUCAAUGUGUUUGCCGGGCUGAUUAUUAUCAAACUGACAGUGAGAUAGUCUGUGCUCGAGCUGUUAAUGGUGAUUGUGAAAAACAUAUAGAAUGUGGUGGUCUUGGUCAAUGUUUUAAUGGUCGAUGUAGAUGUGCAGCAGAUGCAAGAGAAGAAGAAUUUGUGGAUUUUUCCGGACGAAAAAUUAUGCGUUGUGUGAAAACACAUGGAAGCGGUAAUGAUAAUUUUGAAAUUAAUUAUCUUAUGAUCGUUUAUAUUUUUAGGUGGUGA